AUGGGAGAUGGUAAACUUGAUUGCAUGAAAGUGAUGAAACUAAUUUUUGAGAAAGUCAAAUAUGAGAAAUGUGAAAUUGAGGAGCCAUACGACCUUCAAGAUGAAAUAAAGAAAGCCUUGAGUACAAAGAAGUUUCUAUUUGUUGUGGAUGACAUUUGGGAUGAGGAUCCUACUAAGUGGGAAUAUCCGAUGUUGAUGGUUGGAACUAAGGGUCUCUUACAUUCUAAGAAAGAGAAGGGAAUUGAAGAAGUUGGAGAAGGGUACUUCCAAGAAUUUAUUUCAAAGUCAUAUUUCCAACCAUCAGGUGAGAAUAAGUCGACUUUUCUAAUGCAUGAUCUUAUACAUGAGUUAGCUAUGUUUGUAUCUGGUGAGUUUUGUUCAUUGCUGAAUGAGAAUAAAUUAUCUCACAAAGUUCGCCAUUUGUCUUAUAUGCGAGAUUGUGGAGGAAUUUUUUACUCUAAAGAAUUUGAGGAGGAGUUAUCUCAAGCUAAGUGUUUACGAACCUUCUUAUUAAAACUCCAAUGGAUAGAACUAGAUCGAGUUUGGUUGUCGAUUAUAGAGCAAUUACAUGAAGCUUUCCCACGCUUAAGAGUAUUAUCUAUAGCAAAUCAUUACAUGAACAAAUUACCUGAUUCAACAGAAGAGAUGCCAUUGCAAAUUAGUAAAAUGAAAAAUCUUCAAACGUUAAAUAGGUUUGUCGUAGGCGAAAAUGAGUUUGUCAUUACACUUUUAGAAGGGCUUCAAGAUCUACGAGGGACACUACGUCUUUUUGGACUUGAGAAUGUUGAUAGUGUUGAGGAUGUUUUGGAGGCUAAAUUAAAGAACAAGAAGUUUCUCAGUCAGAUACAUUUGUUUUGGGCUAAAACUCACAAACCCCAUGACUCAGAAAGAGAAAAAGAGAUACCCAGUGCCCUCGAACCUCAUGCAAGUCUGAAGGCAUUCACUAUACGUGGCUACAGAGGUAAUAGUUUCCCAAAUUGGAUUGGAAAUCAUUCCAAUGUAGUAAGGGUGAAUCUAUGGCAUUGUGAGACUUUUAGCUUCUUGCCGCCGUUGGGACAACUUCCUUCACUCAAAGACCUUGUAAUUCGAGGUUUGUAUGGUGUGGUGAAAAUAAGCUCUGAGUUUUAUUAUUCAACUAGUGUUGAUUCUUCUUUGGUAACAAAGACAAAGCCAUUUAGAUAUCUGGAGAGCUUGACUUUUGAAGACAUGAGAGAGCUUCAAGAGUUGUCGUUUAUUGAGAAUGGAGUUUUUCCUUGUCUUAAGAAACUUGGCUUUGAAAGAUGUGAAAAACUCCAAGUUUGCAGAAACUUGAAGGCCUUGGAUGAGGAGGCAUUUCAACACCUCACCUCCCUUGAGAAGUUGCAAAUUGAAUACUGUGGUAAGCUCCAAUACUUGCCAAAAGAACUGCCCAGUUCACUUUCUGAUCUAUGCAUUAGGCAUUGUACAAUGCUAGAACCACGACUGGAGAAAAACCUAGGGGAAGAUUGGCCAAGUAUUGCUCACAUCCCCAAUAUCAAUGUUGUGGAGUAUUGA